CUUCGCCGGGCGAGCCGUGACGUCACCUACGUUCUAACAGCCGACGUUGCAGUCAUGGAGGAAGUAAGAGUGUUUCCCCUUACCUGUGCUGUGCAAAAUUAUGCAUGGGGGAAGAAUGGGCUGGACAGCGAGGUGGCCAAACUGGUGAUUGGUGGAGACCCAUUAGCUGUCGUAGAGGAUGGCAAGCCCUACGCAGAGUUGUGGAUGGGCGCCCACCCAAAAGGCGAUGCCCAGAUUAAAGACAACAGGAUCGCGCAGACCACGCUGGGCCAGUGGAUCGCCCACUUCCCUGCCUGCCUGGGCUCCAAGGUGAAAGACACCUUCCAGGGUCAGCUGCCCUUCCUCUUCAAAGUCCUCUCUGUCAAAACAGCUUUGUCCAUACAGGCCCACCCCAACAGGGAAUUAGCUGCUCGUCUCCAUGCUCAGUUUCCGGAGCACUAUCCAGACAACAACCACAAGCCAGAGAUGGCCAUUGCUCUCACCCGCUUCCAGGGCCUCUGUGGCUUCAGACCAGUGGAGGAGAUCCUGGGAUUCCUUAAAUGUGUCCCAGAGUUCCGCGCUCUGGUGGGCAACGAGGCGGCGGAGGAGCUGCGAUGCAGCAUAGGAGAUGCAGCUCGUACGAGCCAGGCACUGAAGAAGUGUUUCACCAGGAUGAUGAACUGUGAGAAGAAGGUGUUUGUGGACCAGCUCAACAUGCUGGUGAAGAGAGUCACUGAAGAGGGUGCAGCAGGGAAGGACACAUCAAGCAGCAACGGUGACCUGUUGCUCCGUCUCCACUCCCAGUAUCCAGGAGACAUCGGCUGUUUCUCCAUCUACUUCCUCAACCACGUGGUGCUGGAUCCAGGCCAGGCCAUGUUCCUUGGAGCCAAUGAGCCUCAUGCUUACCUUUAUGGAGACUGUAUCGAGUGUAUGGCCUGCUCAGACAACACGGUGAGGGCCGGCCUCACACCGAAAUACAUCGACGUCAACACGCUGUGUGAAAUGCUGAACUACAGCCCUUCCUCCGCCAGCUCCAAAAUCUUCCCAUGUGUCCAGGACGCUUCAGACCCCUGUGUGUCCCUGUACGACCCCCCAGUGCCAGACUUCACUGUCAUGAGGAUACAGGUCCCACCCUCGGUGAAGCAGUACACUGUGGCCCCGGUCGACAGUGCCAGCAUCCUCCUGGUCAUCGAAGGCGACGCCACGGCAACCUCUGUCGCUGCUCUCUCUGAUGUCACACUGAGGCGGGGCACCGUCCUGUUCAUCUCGGCCAAUGAGAGCGUCUCCCUGCACAUCACUUCCCCGUCUGGGAUGAACAUGUUUCGAGCCUGCUGCCUCUUGUAGUUGUGAGUCUGUGUCUGUGUGUGAAACCUCAUACUACCUGUUUGUUUCCUCUCUGGUUUGACUAAGCAAGGUCUAGACUGCGUUAUGGAUUGAGCCCGAUGACUGAUGUGCACUUUUGAGUAGGUAGUAUGUUAAAAGGAACUUUCAGACACAGUGUUGAUGCCCAACUGUGCCCAAUGCUCCACCCCUUUCCCAAACUCAGCGUGUGGACUGCUGUGUCACCCCUCUAUACCAGCAGUAGUGUUCUUUAGCUUUAAAAUCCAGCAGUAAACCAUUGCUGCUGGAUUUUAACUGGAUUUUAACCACGUUUUCUUACCUGUUGUGGUGCAAGUACAACUUUCAACAUUCUCCACAGAAAAAAGGGGAGGACAUACAAACCCAAAAUGCUUGUUAGGUGCUGAACAAGAGACACAUUCUAAGAAUAACAGUAAAAUAAACACAGUUUGUCAGUUUAUUAGGUACACCUAGCUAAAACUAAUGCAGUCCAAUACAAUCCUGCAAUAAAUCCUCCUUCACGAUGGUUAUAGUGUUCACUUAUUGUUGAAAUUGUUUUAGAGAAGUGUUGAUUCAAUUUAAUGGUCAUUUUGGAGGAUGUAGUUUGUGGUGCUGUAGAACUGUAUAGCAUUAUACAGAGAAGUGUUUCUGUUAUUAUCCUUCCUUCAUUGACAAAUGGGCUGGACAUAACAAUAGACAGAUCUGUCAGUAUAAUACAAUACAGCUAAACAAACUGCAACCUCCAAACUGUUCCUUUACUCUGCAUUAAUUAGCUCAGCUAGGUGUAUCUAAUAAACUGGCAAGUGAGCAUAUGUCUCCAACACUGAACAAUACCCUAUACAUUUAUAUACUGUUUGGAUCAUUUAACCCACAUCAUGUUUGUGAUAAAGUUCAACUGAUCAAAAUGUUGAGCAUUGACAUUAAUACUAAUCAAUAAACCAUGUGGUGACUUUGGGAGCUCUUCAGUGUUCCAGACAUUUUUACUUUUUGCUCCAAGUACACUUACAGCUGUGGGCAGCUGGGGUACAGAGAACACUCACUGGCAGCGACUUAUUCAAACAGCAGGGUGGAGGAUAUGUUUACACUGGUGCAGUACACCACCACUCACUGCUUUGUACAACUACAAUACCACCUUGUUGAUGACUGAGCAUGUCUGUUCACUGGGCCAGAAGCUGUCUUCCCCUGGGAUCACUGGUACAACUACCCUGUUUUAUCAUUUUAACUUUAGCUUGAGCUAGUAAAUAUCCACCUUUGAGGAAAAAUAUUACAUCGUUAGUAUAUCAAGUUGAGAGUAUAUAGUGUAAUACUGAGAUGCCUGUGCAUGUUUUAUUUAGAGCAGUAAUACUAGAGAGGGAUUUCUGUCUUGACUGUGAUAAUGGUACAAGCCACGCCAGUCAAAAUGAGUGUUACUGCUUUUAACUGUUACCAGCGCAUGUUUAUGGUCCAGAAACUUCUCAUCAAAGUAGUGAACAGUCAAAAAGAUUUAAAAAAAAAAAAAAAAAAAAAAAAAAACACAAAA